AUGUCGUUCUUGGGCGACCUCUUCAGUUGUGGUCGGGCGAGACGGACGCGCGAGACGUCGACGGAGCCGCUUGAAACAAACGACGCGACGCCCGAGCCCGUCAACGCGCAUGGAACUACUGCAACCACCGACCACCCCACGAUUGAGAAGCCGAACAACAUCCCUGCGUCCAAUGAAGACGGUAUCGAGCGCGUCGCAGGUCAAGUGCGAGCGGAUGUACAGCCUGAUGUCGAGAAACGUGGUAGCGGAUUAACCAAGGAUGGUGAUAUAGAGCUGGCAGUCAUCUCCGAAAAGUCGAAGCCAACUACGGGAUGGAUGGUCGAGCAGAGGGUCCUUGUCACAGCUACGCCCGCCACCAAGCAGGACACGUCUGUGCCAGAGCCAGAGCAGGAGCCCGAAGAAAAGCAUGAGCAGGAACACGAGACACGCGCACCUACCCCACCUGUUCGUUGCGCCACGCCUGAGCAGGAACCAUGGAACUCAACGCCAGUUGCGCAAGCAGCAGAGCCUGAAGUUUCCCACAUCGCCAUCAGUAAUCCUGUUCAGUGUGCGACGCCCGAACCAGAAACUCGUGCGACCACCCCAGAUGUAACAGCGGUUCAUGAGCAGACACCUGAACAGGCUAUCACGCUCGUACAAGAUGAGACCUUGGAACCCGCCCUCGCUGAGCCCGCCUCGUCCACCGUUGAACUCGAUGAUGCCGUUGAGCAUGUUCCGACAUCGAAGAAGUCUGCGCCAGUCCAGCUGCUUGACUUGCCACCAGAGAUAAGGAACCGCAUCUACGAGCGCAUGAGCGAGGAAAUGCCCAUCAGGAUGUGUCGACACGACGACCCGGCGCUGGCUCAACGCGAAGGCGAACCCGCGCGCUCUCCGCGUAGACAGUACUACAACCUCACUCAAGUAUGCCAACAGAUUCGCAAUGAGUUUCUGCCGAUAUACGCGAAGAAGGCGCACUACAUCAUCGACCUUUGGAGCCAAAAGUCGAAUCUUGUCAAAGUGGAUUCUCUCAAGGGUCAAGUUUCCUUGGACAUCGAUGCGGCGUGCUUCGAUAUGGAGCCUAUCGACUUGUUGCCGCUCAUCCGAUGCCUUGUCCGCACACGCCGAACCGACUGUCGUUUCACGUCUACCGAGGGAGUAGUCUUCCGCAGCAUAUCCGAGAUCGUUGCCGAGCUUAACAAGCUUCUCCCGAAUCCCGAGAACAGCAACCAAAGCUGGCUGACCGCGGUCAACGGACCACUGAAGAGGAUUGAUUUGCAUCUAUUCCCCCACGACGACAUCCGACAAUACUAUCGAUUCCGAGGUGCUGAGCCUCUGCUGCGUGUAGUCUACCCAUCGGCCGUGAGUGAGGAGUGGAUGAAGCGGGCUUCCAAGUCGGAGGGAUAUGAAGCCUACUUGCAGAAGACUGGAUUGGACAAGUUUGAGAUGCACGUUGUUGUUGGCCACGCCUCUCGACGGACUACGAACGAAGGCCGCCUGCCACUUGAUUGGCGCAUGAGCUACCAGCUCUCGAGGCACUCAAUCGACCGCGCCCCUCGCAUGUCCAUGGAUAUUGCAGCCGCUCGCAUGUCUAUUGACAGAGCCCCGCGGAUGUCAUGA